AUGCCCGGCAUCACCGACCUCGCCAUCGAGACCUGUCUCCAGAUCUUCGAGUACCUGCUGCAAUUCAAGCAUCCACUCAAAAGAGUGCGUAAGAACAAGAACUCUUACAAAACAAGACCCUUCCAUGAGCUCGCGGGCCAGGACGGGUCAAAGCUCCAUCGGAAGACCAACGCCACUGCUCUCCUGUUCGUCAGCAAGCAGAUCUCUACUGAAGCGCUCGCCACUUUUUACAAGCAGAACGUCAUUGUCCUCAGCCAUGCGGACUUUUGCGGUAACGGCCAAGGAGGGCUUAUGUGCGACACGUCUCUCGUCUGCCGCGCCGUUGUGCAUGAUCCUCUGGCCGGCCUCAAGAAAUUUCCUUGCUUGCCUCGCCGCGAUAUCGACCUUGGCGAGCUCGUGCAUCAACUCAAUAGUGACGAGUUCCCGAAAUUCCGCAGUGUUACAAUCAACACGUCUCGUACCGAAUCGAUUGACGAGUUGCGUGGCCAGCUAUGUGGGUCAGAGGAUUUAGAUGACGAAGACGAGUCUGGAUCUGACGACGAGGUCGUUUUCGUAGCAAGGCCGCCACUGUCCGCAGGCGAAGAUGCGUGGGCUGAGUACGCGAUCCAGAGACGCGAACAGGCUCGUGCGGAGGAUGCUCGCAACGUCCAGCGUGAUCUGGAAGAGUACCUCCGCUCCUUCGACCCAGCGGAACCGGAUCUCCAAUUCACAGGAGUCGGCUGCUGCAACAUCGUCGGCGACAAGAUCAAACCCUCCAUCACUCUCCGCUUCCCCGCCAUUAUCAAAACAUGGUCCUACUACCAAUUCCUCCCCUGGGACGACCACGACCUCUGUCCCAAUUGCGAACCAGAGCGGCCUGAUGAAAUCGGAGACGUACCCGAUCGCAUCUGGGUCAAUAUCCAGAUCUUGUUCAUGACGCGGGCUUCGUGGCUCGAGCAUGCUAGUGGUUGCAGCCAUGCUGCUAGUGUGGGAAUGGAGGUAAGGUUCGGGCGGUGGAUGAUGAAUGUUAGGGAGUUUGGGCCGGGGGAAGGGGAGGCGGUGUUGUGGAAAAGGAUCACACGGACCGUGUUGGAGCAUGUGUAG